AAUUGAACAGGUCCACACUUGAGAGCUCACCUGCUUCGCUGUGUUUUAUCAUCUGAGCUUUUCCUGAAUACAUACUCUGAGAAGGCGGAUUGACAGUAAGCACCAUGCAGUUAUCGGUCGUUUACUGCAUUAACACCACUGACAUCUUCACCGGCUGCGCUUCCAACAGAGUCUGACAUGAGAGGGACUUUAAUUCCUGUAACAUUCAGCGUCUUUUCCACAAACACUCCCACUCCUUAAGACUCCAGGAACAAGCCGAAUCGGUGAGACAAAACCACACAUUUUGCAGGGACGAUGCUUUACUCUCGUUUGCGUCCUUUACUCCCUCGCCUCAUGCCGCUGAGGAUGACCAGCACUGAGGCCUGCACGACGAUGAAGGUCAAACAGCUUAACCUCCUCGAAGAGACUCUGGCCUUUGAGGAUCCCAAAGCUUUCAGGGUGAAGCGUUUUGGUGAGCUGCUGCGAGCUCUGGGUGUCUUUCACCUCUGUUCCUUCCCUGUACUGGUUAACAACUGUGGGAAGCUCAUGAUGAUAUCUCGUACCAUCCUGGGGAGGAGGGGGUUCUCCAUGCUCCUAAGGCCCACUGUGUACGCCCAGUUUGUGGCGGGAGAGAAUGAGAGCGAGAUCUCUCAAUCCAUGGAGAAGAUGAAUCUGCUGGGACUGAGGCCCAUGCUGGCAGUGCCCAUCGAGGAGGAUCUGGGAGAAAGCACAGGAGAGAAGAGAUAUGACGACAACAUGAAGGCCAUGUUGGAAUGUGUGCGAAUGUCUCACAGCAAUGCCUGGAGUAAAGACCCCAUGAUGCAGCUGAAGAUCACAGCCCUGCUCAGCCCGGAGCUGUGUGUGAAACUGACAACCAUCAUCACACAGCAACCAUAUGACUUGGAUCUUGUUGUCAAGGCAAUGGACGGAGAGCCAGUUGACUUCCCUGGUUUAGAUGAACGUGAAGCUGCUCAUUUUCUCUGUGGCCUGCAUCGACUCAACAAAAUAUCUGAGGCAAGUGUAAACAAAGUGCGAGUCCUCGUAGAUGCAGAAUACACCUACAUGAACCCCGCUCUCUCGCUUGUUACCAUGGCGAUGAUGAAGAAGUUUAACAAAGAUGGCGUCUGGAUUUGGAACACAUAUCAGUGUUACCUGAAGGAGUCUCGGUCUCUCCUGUUAGGAGCUCUGCAAAUCUCCAAGGAGGAGGGUUUCUGUCUGGGGGUCAAGCUGGUCCGAGGAGCCUACAUGGACAAAGAGAGGAAGCUGGCAGAGAAAGAGAGUCAACUGGACCCCAUCCACAACUGCUGGGAGGACACCAAUGUCAGCUAUAACGGCUCACUUGACGUGAUGCUGAAGGCCAUAUCCCAGAAGCCUGAGCGCUACAGGAUCAUAGUGGCCACUCACAACGAGGAGUCAGUGAGAAAGGCUGCGAAAAGAAUGGAAGAGUUGGGGAUAGACAAAGAUGGAGGCUCAGUGUGUUUUGGCCAGCUGCUGGGAAUGUGUGAUCAUGUCUCCCUCACGCUGGCUAAGGAGGGCUAUGCCGUCUAUAAGUCGGUGCCAUACGGCUCAGUGGACGACACGCUGCCCUACCUGGUACGUCGGGCUCAGGAGAAUCGCACAGUGCUGCAGGGAAUCCGCAAAGAGAGAGACCUGCUGAGGAAAGAAUUCUACAGGAGGAUGAGUCUGAGGGGAGGGAAAUAAAAGGCAGUCAAACAAGAGUGGAAAGUUUGUUGUGAGUGAGCGUAAACUGCUGCUGGACCAUUCAACCCCUUGUAUGAUGGCUACCAACAGAAUAAGAACAUGUAUGGCAGCCCAGAACAUCUAUAAGGAUAUCUUCAAACAAGAAAUAUUGUUCUCUCAUUACAGUUGAUUAAAUGUACAUGUUAUCCUGAACAAGCUAGAGAGGAUUUCUCAAGAUAGAUAAUUUAUCUCUAGAUCACAGGAGAGCCUGAUUAUGGACAACUCAAAAACUUAGAAAUUGAGUAAUUCUCUAGAUUACAGGGUUGGGUUCUCAAAAUCACAGAAUCAAAAUUGAGUUGAAGUACCAGAAACUUUUGUCUCCUGAAAACACCAGAACACAAAGAAUAUCGGAGAUUUUAAAGCUUAUAUUGACUGAUGUAUUAAAUCAAGCAGGAAUCACGGAAUGCAUGGGUUAGGUACAUCUAUAUUUCUGUGCAAGAGAAACUGAAGAGGAAUUUGCUGACAUUACAUUGUACGAUUGAUUUCCCAUUAGUUGUCAUAAAUUAAGUUUCCUCUGAGCUGCUUUAAGAGAAUCAUGGCUGUUGCCUCAUUGGUUUGAUAUCUUUGCACAAAGUAUGCCCAACUGACACAUGUAGCAUAUUCAUAUUCAGCAUUUUGAUCUCUUCAAAGAUCUUCCUCAUACAUUCUUUAACUCUGCCUUCCUCUUACUACCAUAAACACACCUGAAACUUUUUUCCAUGUCUUGUUCUACCUGAAGAGCCAGUGUAAUCAAGGAUCUAUUUACAGCUCAUACAACUUGACUCCAAAGAGCAUUUCCCUGCAUUGUUCAGUGUUCAGAAUGCACUCACUCCUGUUGAUUUCCUUGAAUUAAAAGAAAGUUCUUUCA